AUGUCCCUGGCUAUAAGUUUGACCGCGCGCAACGCCAUGCGUCGGGCCGCUGUCACGAGAUCAUCCGUCCUAGCGUUGUCCCGAUCUCGACUAUCGCUGCAAUCUUCGUCGUCAGCGUCGUCAUCGUCAGCGUUCACUGCUAUCCGCCACGUAUCCUCACAGCCCGCUGAUGCCGAGACCGGGCAAGAAGCUACCGCAAAGUACCUGAAUGACACGAGCCCUUAUGUUCUGACCACCUACGCUCAGCCGGAUUUCGUCCUCUACAAAGGCGAAGGCUGCUAUCUAUACGAUGUCAGCGAAAAGAAAUACCUCGACUUCACCGCCGGAAUCGCCGUCAACAGUCUCGGCCAUGGCAACGUCGACAUCGCAAAGAUCCUCUUCGACCAGGCCAUGUCAGUCAUCCACACCUCGAACCUGUACCACAACGAAUGGGCCGGCACGCUCGCCAAGAACCUGAUCGAGCGCACGCGCGCGACAAACGGCAUGAAAGACGCCGCGCGCGUGUUUUUCUCAAACUCCGGCACCGAAGCCAACGAGGCCGCGCUCAAGUUUGCCCGCAAGUUUGGCAAGUACGGCGCCCGUAACGCGAGCGCGGACAAGUUCGAGAUCAUCUCGUUCAAGAGCUCGUUCCACGGCCGCACGCUCGGCAGUCUUUCCGCGACGCCGAACGAGAAAUAUCAAAAGCCGUUCGCGCCGCUGCUGCCCGGGUUCAAGUACGCGACCUACGGCGACAUUGCGUCGGUCGAGGCGCUGAUUAGCGAAAACACCUGCGGCGUAAUCAUCGAGCCUAUCCAGGGCGAAGGCGGCGUCUACACGCCCUCGCCCGAGUUCAUGGUCGCGCUCCGCAAGCGCUGCGACGAGGUCGACGCGCUGCUCAUCUACGACGAGAUCCAGUCCGGCAUGGGCCGCUCGGGAUACCUGUGGGCGCACGAGGCGUUCGGUCCUGACGCGCACCCGGACAUCAUGACGAUGGCGAAGGCGCUCGGAAACGGCAUGCCUAUCGGUGCCGCGAUGGUGACGGAGCGCGUCGCGCAGGCAAUCAAGGUCGGCGACCACGGCACCACGUUCGGCGGCAACCCGCUCGCGUGCCGGGUGGGCAACUACGUCGUCGACCAGAUCGCGACGCCCGAGUUUCUCGCCGGCGUCCGCUCGAAGGCGCAGGUGUUGGAGACCGGGUUGGAGAAGUUGAAAAACAAGUAUCCCGAGCUCGUGACCGAGAUCCGCGGGACGGGGCUGAUCCGGGGUGUGCAGCUCAGCGUUGAUUCGUCGCCGGUGAUUAGCUCGGCGGUCGAGAAUGGGUUGCUGGUGAUCACGGCGGGGACGAACACGAUCCGGAUCGUGCCGCCGUUGGUUAUUAGCGAGGAUGAGAUUGAGGAGGGAUUGGCGAUUCUGGACGCCGCGCUUGCUACUCUGUAA